GCUGCAGGUGAAACGUCACCACAUUUCGCCGACUAAGAUGAGCGUCCAACUAUCGCCAAUCAACGCCAAGACCUGAUGCAACAUGAGGGAAGUCGCUCUCCUGCCUUCAACCUGUUUGCUCUUCUUCCUCCUGCUGAGCUCCUGCCAGGCAGCCAGACAAGGACAGGACAUCCGAUGUGGAGCAUGCAGGGCUCUGGUGGACGAGAUGGAGUGGGCCAUCUCCCAAGUUGACCCCAAGAAAAUGAUCCAAACAGGCUCGUUCAGAAUCAACCCGGACGGCAGUCAGUCCAUCAGGGAGGUUCCUCUGGCACGCUCUGAGGGAAACCUUCUGGAGCUGAUGGAGAGUGUGUGUGAGAGGAUGGAGGACUAUGGCGAGCUUAAAGAUGCUGCCACCAACAGGAAGUCCUACAUUAGAAUCAAAUCUCGCAACGGUGAAGCCAUGGACCUUUCUGAGGCCACGCUGGACUCGAGAGUCACCAGCAGUCUAAAAUUUGCAUGCGAAGCCAUUGCUGAGCAGCACGAAGACGAACUCAUCGAAUUCUUCUCUCAUGAAACAGAAAAUGUAAAAGACAAACUAUGCAGCAAGCGGACAGAUCUUUGUGACCAUGCUCUGAAAAUCCCCCAUGAUGAACUUUGACAUCCUCAUGCCAUGGCGACCGUCUCUAUUCAGCUGAUAUUGGCCGGUUCACGCCACGCCGGCGGCGGCGGUGAAAGAUAUAGUUAUGUAUGAAAGGUCCACAGAUUCCAAAUCCUCAGAAGAGGUUUCAUCACUCAUGGAGAAUAAGGGGGCUUGUCUUGACAGUUUUUCUUAAUCAUUUCAUCAUCCCUUAUAUCUCUACCUCACAAUAUGUGACGCUCUUAAAUUAGAUUAGUACAUUAUUAUUACUCUGAAACUUUGGUCAAACUUAGUUGCAGGACUAAGAGUACACUGCCUGCUUUAGGAUGCGUAUAUAGAACUGGACGAUAAAAUAUAAUCCUUUGAGAUGUAGAUACAUUCUCUUCAGGCUCUCAGUGAUCAAACUUAAUAAUAAAGUACUGUAUAUCUGCAGUUUGUCCCUCUUCAAAAGACAGAAAAAGACUUUACUGUUCAAUACAUGUUGCACAACUUUACACUCACCAAAUAUCUUUGUCAUUUUUCUACUAUUUUCCACUGAAUGAACAACCCUGUUUUUUAUAUAAACUUUCGGAUUUCUGCAUCUGCUCUGCCUUCUUUCUUGGGAAAUGAUUGAUACACUAUUAAAUGUACUCCUUUUGUUUAAAUAUUUUAACAGUAGAGAACAAUUGAUUUACUUCUUAACAACCCUUUCCCAAAAUAUCACAAUAUGAAGUUUUGAAGUGUAUUGCUUGUAAGUACUGUAAUGUUUCAUUCAUACAAUUCCCUGCUUUCUACAGAUCAACCUUUAUUCGUUACUAAAACAUUUUUAUAUUACAAUUAGACAAGGUAUGUGGUUUAGAUAUUCUAUUUCCUAUCUGUUUUUAUGACAUGGAUAGCAUCACUCUCAAAUCAAAUAUAAAAAGCUAUGAAAUUACUAAUAUUAUAAUCAGAUGCAGAGGAUGGAGGAGAAUACAUACUU